CCCGAGACUCACAGUAACGUGCGUGCACAUCAUGUGCAGCGCAGGUUCAUCAACAAUACUAAUACUACAGUCGAACUCGAUCCAUGUCAUCGUCUCAGGCGUUCAUUCAGAUCUGUAAGUCUAGCUAGCUUAAUCUUACUGAGCAGAAAGAGAGGCAGUGAGUGAGAUUGUUAUCGAAUGGAAAAACCCUCUUGGGUUCCUACUUUGGUGGCGCAGGCAUGUUUGUGCUUUAGUCUCUACCUUGCUUUUCAACUGGGUCAGCCUCAGAAGCCUAUGUACCAUGGUACAAGUGGGACGAGACCCCUUGAUCUUUACUUUAUUAGCGUUGGAGGGGGCUUCAGACCUCUCAAUCAACAGACCCAUCUUCUCAAACAGAUGGAAAAGGUGGUAAAGAAGUACAAGGCAGAGUUCGUGGUGGACAUUAGUGAUCUUGGGAAAGAUGAUCCGCUCAUGCAGAAUGGUACCCUGCUUUUCUCAUCACUGAAACUUCCCUGCACUUGUAGGUACACCACUAGAGUUUCAGAAAGACACGGAGGAGGUUACUUCCAAAAGAAGAUCAAUUUACCUUACGAGAAAACCUUAGAUGUCAUUGUGGUGGAUACUGGAUUGUUACAGGGCACCGGAUCAUUAGGUGGGUUCGGAAACAAUCAGUUACAUUGGCUGAAAAGGACACUAGAAACAACCAGUAGUAACUGGCGCAUAGUCGUUGGAUUCCACCCAUUGGCUAUUUGUGAAGAUGGUGAGGAGGGAAUGGGAGAAAAGAAAGUUUUUGAGUCUCUACAACUUAUUUUUAUGAAAUUUGAAGUGAAUGCAUACUUAAGUGCGCAGGGUUGCGCUAGCAGUGUCCGACGACACAGCCUGAGCUACCUUGGGAACCCGGGCCAAAUGGAGGAUGGGUUUCUUCUUCAUAGAGUCAGCACACUAGAGAUUGUGGGUAACCUACUUUGUUAGCUCAGGUGGGGAACUUGUGCAUAAAUCUGUACUCCAUCAGAGGGGUAAGGAGAUCAUGUAAAUUGUGUUCAAGAGGACCAAUCAUCUAGGUUUCCUUGUUUGCAACUAUAAAUAUGUAAUGUGCCUUUUGUAAACGGCAGGCUGAAUGACAAUUGCAAUUUCUUUCCUUUCAUUACUAUUCUAUUGAAGUCUCCUUUACAAUUUCUGCCUUUUCA